AAGGUUGUCAAAAAGAAGGGUAAGAAGAAGGUUGCAGCUGCCCCUCUUGCUGCCAAGAAGGUUGAACCAAAGAAGGUUGUUAACCCUCUCUUUGAGAGAAGACCAAAGAACUUUGGAAUUGGCCAAGACAUCCAGCCAAAGCGUGACUUGAGACGUUUUGUGAAAUGGCCAAAAUACAUCAGACUGCAACGUCAAAAGGCUGUCUUGGUCAAGAGAUUGAAGGUCCCCCCAACAAUCAACCAGUUUAGAACUACACUAGACCGACAAACAGCCACUAACAUGUUCCGUCUUAUGGAUAAAUACAAACCAGAGACCAAACAGGCCAAAAAACAGAGACUAGCCAAGAGAGCUGAAGAGCGUGUGAAAGGCAAAGAUGAUGAGCCAACCAAGAGGCCUCCAUGUGUCCGAUCAGGAGUGAAUACUGUCACCACACUCAUUGAACAGAAAAAAGCACAAUUGGUUUGCAUCGCUCAUGAUGUUGAUCCUAUUGAAAUUGUUCUCUUUUUGCCUGCUCUAUGCAGGAAGAUGGGUGUCCCAUACUGUAUUGUAAAAGGCAAAGCCAGACUCGGACGUGUUGUUGGACGAAAAACAGCCACCUGCCUUGCUUUGGCCCAAGUCAACUCAGAGGACCGAUCAGCUCUCAACAAACUUGUUGAAUCUGUAAAGACUAACUUCAAUGAAAGAGCUGAUGAGAUCCGAAAACACUGGGGUGGUGGCAUUAUGGGAUCUAAAUCACAAGCCAGGAUCGCAAAGUUCGACAAAGUUAAGGCACGUGAAUUGGCACAAAAGGUCGGAUAAAUCUAAACGCCAUAGAGACUCUACUAAAUUAAAAAAAAUAUCACACACAGCCACUAUGUACAUUAUCAUUGAAAUAAAGCAGUGUGAAAAGAAAUAUAAUCCGUUGAAUUUUGUGUGUUCUCAGCCAAAAUCUAAAGGUAAUACAUGUUAAAGCUAAACUGAGAUUCUAUGGACUGAUCUUUACAUAAGGCCGUUGCUACUAGAUUGUAGAAGUUUUCUAUUCACAUCUAAGUCCCAACACAUUUGGUGCUAAAAUAUGCACAAAACAUUCCUGAAAAAAUGGCCUGAAAAUUGAA